UCUUCCGGUCUGGCCAGUGUCGAAGGCGGCUGCUGGUCGGUGGUUUUUAGGUGGGCUGUUGCUGCCGGAUUCCUGCAGUUCGCAUGGUGGGAGAAACGAAGAGUCGGUGGGCGCGAAGCGAAGAGGGAGAACAGAGGCUCAGCUAAGCAGGAGGUCGGGUCCUGGCACCAGUCCUCGUAGACGUCGGGUAGAUUCGCCUUGAGCGUCAUUGGUUGCGGCUCCGGGUUGGUUUCGCUCUCCGCAUCCCCAAGGAAGAGAGUUACCCGUCCUCGGCUGUCCAGCGGUGAGAGAAUCUACUCUGCUCCUGUCUUACAUUGCCUGUUGAUCAGUGGGCUUCAAGAGAGCCAUGAAUGAGAUGAGAUAGCCGCCCACGAGCGUGCUUAAAUCCAACUCCAGAUGGAUACAAAAUACAAAGACGAAGCAUUUAGAAAAUAUGUACAGUUCCAUGAAUCUAAAUUGGAUACCUCUGACAGAAAGCAGUGCCCAAUUACCAAUCUACAAAUGGCAGCUUCAGCUUUACUCUGUUUUCCCAAGAUUGAUCCCUUUUAUAGAUUCCGGUUAAUUAAGUUUUAUGAAAUUGCUGAAAAUUCACUUCGGUCCUUGAGAGCUUCAAGUCUGCAUUCACUCCAGAAUGCAUUUGAAGUGCUAGAAUCAGUUGGAAUCAAUCUUUUUCUUUACCCCUGGAAGAAGGAAUUCAAAAAUAUAAAGACUUAUACAGGCCCUUUUGUUUAUUACGUAAAGUCUACAUUAUCCGACGAGAAUAUAAAACAGAUAUUAAACUUGAUGGGAUACGUUCAAGAACUUGGAACUAUGUAUAAACUCAAAGACCUGGUUGAUACCUUUCAAGUCAAGAUGGUAUCCUUUGAACUGUUUCUGGCCAAAACAGAAUGUGAACAGUUGAUCGAAAUUCACUUGCAGGUGAAGGAAAAAGGUUAUUCCGAACUUGACAUUGUGAAGGAGAGAAAAAAUAGCAACGAUGAUGUUCGUAGCUGUUCGGAUGCCUUGAAACGCCGUGCUGAAUGCAAAGAAAAUCUAAACACUUCCAUGUCACGAAUGGUCCUUCAGAAAUCUGCCAGUGAAAGAGGCUCUAAAGAUUAUUUCAAGCCCAAAGUUAGCAAACCUUCUAAAUCAGUGGACACGUAUGAUAAUUACUUGGAUAGUAAGAAGCCACCUUUGAUGGCAUCGCUGAGUUUCCGGAAAGAGCCCAUUUUGGUUGAUACUGAAGAUGACAUCAAAGAUGAAAUAAUUCGACCAUCGCCAUCCCUCCUAGCCAUGUCCAGUUCUCCACAUGGAUGCACUGAGGAAUAUUUACCAAUUUCAUCCCACACCAAUGGCAUAUUAAGAACAGGUAUGCCAUUCGGUACUUACUAUUCCCCUCAAGAUGAUUUAGAUUUAUAUACCGACCCUGAUUCUAGGAGCGUGUUUAAAAGACAAGAAUCCUCUAAACAUGACGUCUGGCUGCUAAAAAAUGACGCCAAUCCAAGUUACCAUAAACGUACACAUCUAGCCAAAGAGACCUCUUCCCUUAAGUGCCAAACUUGCGGAUUGUCUUGCGGCACCUCCAUUUGCCAAAAAUGUGACAGUGUGCUCAUCUGCAGACAAGAAUAUCCAGCAAUAAAACAAAGCAACUAUUCACUCAAAUCACUGUCAGGUGAAAGUACAUCCGGAUCUUCUGGAAGGGAAAAGCCACAAUACAUGUUACAGACUCAAGAGCGAGCAUCUCACAGUUCGAAAUCCAAAGCUUUGGGUUCUUCUCGCUGUGGCUUUUGCAACCGUUCGGGAGCUACCAACACAUGCACGUACUGUUCUAAAGUUUCCUGUGAUGCUUGCCUCAAUGCUUACUAUUAUGAUCCCUGUUGUCGAAAAAGUGAGGUUCACAGAUUCUUGCCAAACAAUCAAUUAAACUUCAAAUCAAAUCAGCUCUCGCACAUGGUUUAUAGAUAAUUUUCUUUUUUUUUAAAAAAAAUAUUUUUUCAGAAUCCUUUAUUUUGGGGCAAAAGGGCUAAAAACACAAAUAUGCUGAUAAGUAUUUUAGCAAACUUUUAAGAGAAGAGAAACAGAUAUGCCCUAUUAAUAGUGUAUACAGCAUAGGUGCCAAUCCUGAUGAUGUGGUUUUAUAAAUGUUUAUGGUCUAGUUGAUGCUGCUACUCUUUUUAGGCAACCUUUAGUUGCUUUUCCAUUUAAAUGAGGAAGAGAAGCACUUCUUUUUCUUUUUAUUUUUUUUUCAGAACCAGGCAAUCAAUUUACUUUCUUUUACAAAAAAAAAAUCAUAGCUGUUUCAUUGCUGUGUUUGCUUCAUUUAUGUAACAUAGCACCAGAAUAAUAACUAAAGGGCAACUUAAGAAUCAAGAACAUUUUUAGAUCAUUGUAAAAUUGUUUGAAGUUUAUACAAACCUUUCACACGUAUGUUUGCUCUUAGUUCAUCCCCUCCACACCCAUUUAAAAAAAAAAAAAAAAUGAAGUUUUACUUACAUUUCCUGGGUUCCAAUAGAGAAAUCAUGUAGAGAAGUCAUUUUGUGGACUUCCCAAGAUUCUCAUUCAUUCACCCUCCCUCCUCUCAUAACAUUAAAUUUUAAACCGAGUGUUUACUUUAUUGUCCACAUCGCCAAAAUAUCCUCUUGUUUGACUGUUCUAGUAUUCUAAGGCUAUCACUUUGUAUGUGUUAUAUUAUGCCUGGAGUGCUCUGUUUUCUAAUAAUCAAUGAUAAUUCUUCUGCACAUGUAUCAGAUUCUUAUUUUUACUGUAAAUAGUUAAUUUGGAAGUAGUUUAUUUUAAUAAAUAUAUUCAUAUGUGGUCUUUUGAAUAUGGGUAAGAUCAUGUAAUUGAAGUCUCUGGGUUAUUUUUUCAGGUAACAUUUUACUUUGUUCCUUCUUUGACCUGCAGCAUAUUAUCAUUGUUAUU